AAAUUGUGCUGAUGGAUUGGCCGUGGCAAUUAUGGUGAACAUCAAAGUUUGUGCCCAUGCUGACCCCCAAACAGACAAAAAGACUAUGAUUCCACAAAAACUAAGCCACUAUGUUUGUUUCAUCUUCCACAACUCUUUUUCAAAUGACUGAUGCAAUGAAUAAAAUGAUGAGGUGACUAAACUGGAAUGAGCAAUAAAUCCGUACCAAAUUGACCUUCAAUCCUCGUGCAUUUCCUUUCUGUGUAGAGGCACGCGUUCCAGAGGACCAUCUUCACUUAUUGUGCUGGGCUUUCAGACAUGGCUUCCGUGGAGUGAGGAAGCGGCAGUGUUAAAAUACUUCUCAGACAUUUAAAGUGCCCAAGUUUAUACAUCUGUUGUCAAGCUAUUUUCAAUGUUAAAUUGAAGAUCGAUAUGUAUCAAACAAAUUGGUUACAUCCGACCAAUUAAUUUUUGCCGCUCCAUGUUUUCCGUUCUUUCAGUUUCUCAUUAGGCAUGCUUAUAUUUGCAUCUUGUAUGUCCUUAUGUGAUGAAUCUCAGCCUCCUUUGGGGUCUUUCAUGGUCCAAGUCCCAGAGGAAAGCCUUGCCAUCACAGACCGUACAGCAACUGAUACAUUGACUGAGACACACAUCCAAGCCGAAUGUAAGAAUGUCUCAUUGGGAUCAAGGGGGGGCUACUGAAGAUCACCGGCUACAACAAGAAAGUGCUUCCCCCUCUUUUUUCACCAUUUCCCAGAUUGCACAUUGCUCCCUCAGGCAAGACAGCCCCCCAUCCUAGGCAAUGGUUGCCUAGGAUGGAUGACACUCGAGGAGGUGAGAAGAGCUUACAGGCAACUGGCAACAGCUGCUUUGUUGCAGCUGCCGCCAGUAUCGGCACUGACGUGGCUUGCCUCCAACCUGAGACCAACUCCAAAGAUGAGAAUGACCCCUUUGUAUUCAAGGAGCAAAAAACUGAGAACUUCAAUCAAACGUCAGGACAAGGCCAAAGGGCUGAGCGAACUGGGGUUCAGCAGCUUCAGCCGCAGGUUCUCUCACCAUGGGGACAUAAUCAUGAUGACAGGAGUGGCCUGUUAAGUCACAUGAGGCGGACCUCGUUUAGCAACAGAGACCCCCUACUCCUGCAGUCCAAUUCAGUCUCUCUCAAACCACGACAAGCAACCCCCUUGCGCCUCAGUGGAGCUCCCAGUGGAGGGAAUGGUCGCCCCUACACCUGCCCGUAUUGUGCUAAAAGCUUCAUUUAUCCCUCCCACCAACGCAGACACCUGUUACGCCACACGGGGGUCCGCUUGCAUCCCUGCCAGUUCUGCGACAAGAGCUUCCUCACCCCCUUAGAGCUUACCGUCCACACUCGCACGCACACCGGCGAGCGGCCUUUUGGUUGGACGCAGUGCGGCAAACACUUUGCCUGUAAUGGCAACUUGAGAGCCCACCAACGAGACGUUCACAUGCAGAAGAGGCCCUUUGCUUGUGCCAAGUGUGGAAAGAAGUUCGCCCACAGAGGGAACCUGGACUUCUGCACAAUCACAGAGUCCACAAAGGUGAUCCGUACUACAUGGAGCAUCAGCAGGAGCCAGACAUUGCCCCUAAUCCCAUUUAAAACUAGGGUUCAUGAUCUUGAUUAAUCACCAAACAAGACUUUCA